UCGAAAUUGUAGCCGUGCGACGAUUCGAUAAGUCAUCAGUUCAAAGAAAUUGAAAAUUAUAUAUUCGAUAACUCUUCAAUGUCUCGAAUUAAUUAUAAUGUGUAAAAAAUGACGUAAGAAUGAAUAUCAAUAAUCAAGGAUUCCUCUAAGGCCCCUUCUACGUGACUUGUUUAGUGAAGUGUGAGUGAAGUGACAGCUCGAGCUGAUGUAUACUCUAGUAUACUAUUGUCAAAUUUCGAUCACAAGUGUAUUAGUUAUUGCAAUAGAAAUUUAAUGAGACCCAUAUUCCAAAAGUAAACACUGAUAAUAAUUUUAUUAUGUUUAUUUAGUAAUUCGUAACGUGCAUAGGACUUUGUUUGAAGUUGUUUUAGAUAAUGUGCUGAUAAAAGCAAACGUGGUUGUAAAUGUUUUGAUAAUUUUUGAUCCAAUUCGAGCAUUUCAAUUGUUCUGAAUAAUUCCAAAUAAAACGUGAUGGGUCGGUACGGUGGAAAAAAAUGUCGACUUAUGUCAAUGCUGUGUUUGACAGCAUUUUUCUUCUUUGUGGAAAUCAUUGUUGGAUAUGUUACAAAUUCUAUGGCUCUUGUGGCAGAUAGUUUUCACAUGCUUAGUGAUGUAGCAGCUCUCGUAGUGGCCUAUGUAUCUGUUCGAAUGUCUCCCAAGAAGUGGUCAAAAAAUACUUUUGGCUGGGCGAGAGCGGAGGUUCUAGGAGCCUUAAUCAAUGCUGUUUUUCUUGUGGCCCUGUGCUUUAGCAUAACAGUUGAAGCUUGUAAAAGGUUUAUCGAAAUAGAACCGAUACAUGAACCCAAAUUAUUGGUCAUUGUGGGUGCUAUUGGGUUGCUGGUUAAUGUAAUUGGACUACUACUUUUCCACAAACAUGGUGGUUCGCAUGGUCAUUCACAUGGGGGCCAUUCCUUAAGCCAUCAGCAUAGUCGCCUAGGACAAAUGGGAACAGAUGAUAAUGAAAAUGAUGAAGGGUAUCCUUCAGUACCACCUCCAAUUCCAGUAAAUGCUUCCGUAAAACAUGCACAUAGUCAUGACCCAGGACAGUUGAAUAUGAGAGGUGUCUUUCUACAUGUUUUAUCAGAUGCUCUUGGUUCAGUAAUAGUAGUGGCAUCUGCACUUGUGGUAUGGCUCACCGAUUGGAAAUAUCGUUAUUAUAUUGAUCCUGCUCUAAGUAUACUACUUGUAAUUUUAAUUGUACACAGUGUGUGGCCUUUACUCCGUGAAUCUGCGCUCAUUUUAUUACAAACUGUGCCCACACAUAUUCAAGUUGAUUCAAUUCAGCAAAGAUUAUUACAAAAAGUUGAUGGUGUAUUAGCAGUACAUGAAUUUCAUGUGUGGCAGCUAGCUGGAGAUCGUAUCAUUGCCUCUGCUCACAUAAGGUGUAGAAAUUUAUCAGAGUACAUGAAAAUUGCAGAAAGAGUUAAGGAAUUCUUUCAUAAUGAGGGAAUUCAUUCUACUACAAUACAACCAGAAUUUGUAGAACUAAGAAGUUUAUUAGAGCCUUCACGAGAUAUGGAGCAACCAUGUGCUCUAGAUUGCCCAAUUACUGAUGUACCAUGUGCUCAAGCUACUUGUUGUGGAACUUCCAAACCAGAUAGAGAUACCCCAUCACCAGCGGCCUCACCUUUUAUGUGCAGGCAACGAGGAGCAGGUCAACGAGUCCAAGGUGGUUCUUCAGGUCCAAACACUGGUGAUCUAGAAAGUGGUUCAUUGUUAGGUGGUACAUCCAAUCACUCAGUUGUUUGCAAUUGCCCUCCUGGUUCUAAUUGUGCUGUUCACAAAUCAAAUAAAGAAUCUUGUGUCUGACACACAUCUGUAGCGCCAAAGUCCCUGCACAUCAGUUGACUGAAUAUUUCAUAUUAUGCCAAAAUAUUUGCAUAAGAAAUAGUAGUGGAAAUCUAGUGCAAGGGAGUGAGCAGUGUUCAUAAUGAAAUAGAUUUAUUUAUUCAAUUUUAUUGAUAGGAAACUGGUGAUUUUAUUUGAUA